UUUAAAAACUUGUGUAUAAAUGUAAAUGAUUAUCAACAUCAUCAUAUUCCUUCACCACCUUAUCAAAAGCGUAGAGCGGCUGUAGCAGCUAUUUUAAGAUGGCAUUGUUCCCAUAAUAAAGAGCGAAUGAAAAAUAGAGUAGAUAGUAUUAAAACAGUGAAGGAAUUUUUUGAACAAAGUUGGGUAAAAGAAGAUAAAGAAGGAUAUGCAGAACUUUUAUUUAUGCAACGAACAAGUCGAGUAGGCGAUAGAUGGUCAGGUCAUGUCUCUUUUGUAGGUGGUAAAAAUGAAAUAGGAGAGACAGAUGAAGAAACAGUAAAAAGAGAAGUCAUUGAAGAAAUAGGAAUAGAUUUAAACAAGAACUACAUCAAAGUGGGCCAAUUGGAUGAAAGAGAAAUAGUAUCCAUUAAAGAUAACAAACUGUUAAUGAUAUUAUGUCCUUUUGUUUAUUUACAAAUUGUACCUGAAUCACCACCUUUCAAGUUACAAUUAUCUGAAGUAGCCGCUGUAGAAUGUAAAGAAUAUAAACAUGUAUAUAUUCAUAUAUAUAUAUAUGUGUGUGUGUGUGUGUGA